CUGCCUCACAGCCUCAGAGGCGUCCCUCUCGCUCUUGCUGGACUCCUGCUCCCGCCUUCACAAAUCACUGCUGCUGCCUGCUGCCUUCUCUUGCCGCUGUUGCCUCAGACGCCAUCAACGCUUGCAUUUCAUAUCCAAUGCAGACGCAAGUUUGUGGUUCUCAUGGACAAGCACAGAAGUAGAUGCCGAUGUAGCAGGAGGAGAAUAAACAACAGAUGGAUGAUCAAGUCUCUGCUAUGAAAUGAAAAGGAAAGGCUUAGUGAGUGGAAUUUGGCCGAACGUUGGUAGACAUGCUCGCACGACAAUGGCUUUUUGUUACCUCGAUGAAGAUUGGUGAACGAUAGUUACGAGUUCUAAAGAUUGAUGAACGAGAAGGCUUUAGCGUUACUUUCUUCUAGUUGUAGACUAGAGGGAAUCAGCCCAGCUCCAUUAGAUUCGCUAAGUUUACUCAAUUCUUGUCCAUGAGAACCACAAACUUGCGUAUGCAUCUGCAUGCUUAAAACCUAUGAGAUACUACUAUAUGUGGUCCUCUCAAAAGAUUGCAAGCACGAGAGGAAGGCUUUUCCUGUAUUCUCGAUCUUUCUUUUCAUCAGAUACCCACAAGGAUCUGUCCUACGUUGACCUUCCUAGGCCAGCUAGGGACAAAUCUAAAAGGAAGCCAUAUCCAACCCCCAUGAAAGUGCUUAUACAGAGGGCAAAAUUGGAGAAAGAAGCAAGGAAGCUGAACCCCUGUAGGACCCUUGAACCACCUGACAAUGGGUUGCUCAUCCCUGAAUUUGUACCCAUUGCUCAUCAAGUCUACAAGGCAAGAACCAACCUCCUUGAUGGUUUGUCAAAGCUAUUGAACGUUGUUGAUGUAAAAAGGUGCAGAUUUUGCUCAGAAGUUCAUGUUGGCCACGUGGGUCAUGAAAUAAGAACAUGUACAGGCCCAAGAAGUGGUCUAAGAAAUGCCAUGCAUGUCUGGACCAAUGGGAAAGUUGUUGAUGUUGUUGGAUUUCCCUUGUGCUUCCAUCUAGAUGAUAGAGCUAAGAAACCAAGAGUUGUACAUGAUGAGAGAUCUACAGUCAAAAGGCUGCCUGCCAUUGUAGAGCUCUGCAUUCAAGCUGGAUUAGACCUUCCAAAGUAUCCAACUAUGAGAAGAACUAGGCCUGUCCACUCCAUUGAGGGAAGAAUCGUUGAAUUUGAUGAUGAUUCAGCCUCAAACAAUGACAUAAGGGAUGAGGUCAGCAUGGAUCUCCCUGGUAGUGAAUGUCUUGAUUCUGAAGAACUUACAGGUGACAUUACUGAAUUGAGCAUCAAGAUUUUAGAGUCUUGGUUCAUAAUGAAGAAUGGAGCAGAGGAACUUAUGAAAAAGUUUUCUGUCCAGACUUGCGGGUAUUGCCCUGAGGUCCAAGUUGGUCCUAAAGGGCACAAGGUGAGGAUGUGUAAAGCUGCUAAACACCAGUUUCGUGAUGGCCUGCAUGCAUGGCAGGAGGCAACCAUUGAAGACAUUAUAGGAAUGAACUACGUGUGGCAUGUGCGAGAUCGUGAUGGUCCUGCUCUGAGGAAUGAGCUCAAGAGGUACUAUGGUAAAGCUCCAGCUGUUGUUGAAUUAUGUGUACAGGCCGGUGCUCCCAUUCCUGAUGAAUUCAGGAGCAUGAUGAGGUUGGAUGUAGUUUCUCCUGACCGGGAUGAAGUGGAUCUUGUUGCUUGAUGGAGCCCAUUUUGUUUUCCUGCACCAGCCUUUUAUGAGUUGGAUGCAGAGGCCUGUGUUGACAAGGAUUGUUACCACCAACUCUCACCCAUGUAAAAUAUGCUCUGAAUUUAAUUCGAAGGAAUACAUUAUAUCUAAAAUUGUAAAGUAUUUGAGCAGAUUUUACGAUUUCA